GGUAGCAGUAGGACCUAUGGUGCUCCUCGUGAGAGAAACACGUGUGUUACAUUCCCUUGCCUUGUAUCGUGGCCUUUGUGAAAGGAGGAAAAACUUCGUGAUAUAACCUGCGCGGGAUAACUAUGCCUGCGCCCUUUGCUGUCUGUGUCGAGUUUAGGAAUGAAAGUCUGUGAGGGAAGAAAAAUAGUGCUAGUGAGGCGAAAAUUGUUUAGUGUGCUGUCACGGGUCCCGAAAAGCACAUCGACAUCAGCAUCUUGGUCCUCUUAUGAAUCUGACUGUUGUUAUGGAUAUUAGUGGCGAAGGCUUCACGUGGGAGGAUAGCAAGCUCCGUAGUGAACUUUCGGGAAGCAACGUCGAUGUAAUUAAUCAUUCAAGCUUAACCCACCGACCAAACAGAUUGGCGAGGGGCGUGACAUACCAUGCACUCCACCAUCUUUAUCGAUUGUCACUAAAAAUGCAUGGUGACCUUUUGGUGUUGCCUUAGAGGAGGGCGAGAGAGGUUGUGAGACCUGCACGCCGCACGCGACAGUUGUAUGAACAGCUUUUUAGGGUGAAUUGUACACGAGCUCAGAGUGACUAACAACUUGUUUACGCUAUUUUAAACGUAUCAGAAGUGAGAAUAGUAGUACAACCAAGUGUAUGUAAAAUAGCUCAGUACCCCAAAUAGCGUAUGGGAACAUCAGCACAUUUACAUAGCAAAAUGUGUGAUGAUGUAAACAUAGGCGAGAGAUCGUGUCUAGGUCGUGCAAUUGUGUGCUUGUGUUGUGCCAGCGCGUGUGGGCUGGUGAGGUGACGCUGCAGCUGAGUGGGAUGGUGCAGGUCCUGGCAUCAGCAUGAAGGAGAAGUGUGAGGGAGAGAGGGCGACCCAGACGGGGGAGGCCAUGGCGCUAUCCAGGGCUGCUGCCGCUGCCGCCCCUGGUGCCGGAGCGCCUCCCCGCGACCCCGAUAACGUGAACGGCAACUCUUCCAGGGACUUCCAGCUUCAGACAUCACGUGGUGGUCCUCGUCUCAUCACCAUCAGCAGAACUGACCACGGCUUCGGCUUCACUUUGCGCCACUUCAUCGUAUAUCCUCCUGAACUCUCGGAGCUGCUGGCCGACCAUGGUGGGCCCGCGGCGUCGUCCCUGUCCUCCCUCGAACCCCUCGACACCAUCUUCGUCAAAAACGUGAAGCCUGGCAGCGCCGCGCACCUGGCCGGCCUCAGGACAGGUGAUCGUGUUGUAAGCGUAAACGGGGAGAGUGUUGCGACCCAGAGCUACCAGCAGGUUGUGAGCACCAUCCAGCGUUCUCCACCUGUGCUCCAGCUUAUGGUAGUCCCCAGGGAGGAGGACCUUUUGCAACAGGUUUUUGGGGAGACAGCACACAACCCAGAAAGCAACUUGGAUGUAAGAAUGCCCACACCCAGCCCUGGCCACAUACCUCCACAGCAACCUAACAGGCAGCAUCUUCCACCAACAAACUUUUCACACUCGCCUUUGGGAAUACCUCAAUAUCCACAGAAUCUUUCUCCAUCUGCGUGGUCAUCACAGUCAUCCCUAUCUUCACAUAUAUCUAACAUGUCAACUGGUCCUCAUCCGCCACCCGUUAUGGUGGUCCAUCCACCAUUUCAUCAGCGACCGCAUCAGGCAUCUGUGAUCCCUCCACCCCAUGGUGCACACAUCCCCAUUCACCCUCACCAUCAGCAAACAGCAACCCGUCAAAACCAGGCAAAUGUACAAUAUAGACAAGGACCUCGAAAGCAUUCUCUUGCAAGUGCAGGGGAUGCCAAGAAGUCAACAGUGGGUAGUGUCAAUAGAAAACAGUCCUUACCAAUGGUGGUAGAUAGAAAACAAGCUGUGUAUACCAUUCAAAAUACAAUAUCUGGAGUGCCUCAUCAUGUGCCUUCUCCACCUGGUAAUCAAAGUUCUUUGCCUGCAAGUACAAAUGCUACUGGUACUGCCCCUCAAGUAGCAACAAGUGAACAUGCCAGUGCUUCUGUGUUUGGUGUUUAUGAACCUAUUUUAGAUAGAGCUGUUGGAAGAGGAAGUUUUAGGGAUAGCAGAAGGUUAGAACGUGAUCCUGAUGGACGUAUAUAUGAAGUUGUCCAGACCAGAGUAGUGGAAAGCAAAUUCAAUACUGGUGACAGUGAUAAGAAAGAAAGUGGUAGACAAAAUAAAGGUCAUCAUUCAAACCAAGGAACUCACAUAGGCCGGAAAACUUCAGUUGGAGAUUCUGAUGUUAAACGUGUUCGUGUUCAGUCACUCUCUCCUCCUAGACUGAAAAUAGACCAAGUUCAUGCCAGAAGUGCAAGUGUGAAUACUCGAUCUGAAGCCUUGAAUAAUAACGGUGUCAAUGAAGGAAGUAUUCAUGGUAGUCAUCAAAGUCUCAAUAGCACAAAAAGUGAAGGGAAGAACACAAAUCGCCAAAACUCGCAUUCUAGGAAAAGCUACUCUGAACCAAUUUCUAGUAAUAAGGAAAAUUAUAUGACUGAUGACAAAUCAACUCAAGAGGUAAUAGAGAGAAUCAAGAAGGACACAGAAAGGAAAGAAGAGUUUUUACGAAGACCUAAUCAGCCCAUUUGGCUUCCUGCCAGCAAAAGCCCUGUCAUUCACAGUGACUAUCAUGUAAAUCCACAGAAAUUUCAGCGUCCCAUAUGGCCUCCGCCUGGAGCUCAGACCCCUCCUUCACCAGGAGCUAUCACAAAGGCGCUCACAUUCAUUGUUGCACCAAAACAAGACCAUUCUCAUUUACGGAGGGUAAAGUCUGAGAUUGAGCAGAGGCAAAAUUCUACUGACAGUAUUUCAAGUAUGAGAGGAAGUAGUGUCCCAGCUGGUAGCAAUUUGAGUGAGAGCUCAAUAGCAGGUCAAGAGAUGGAUGGGACACCUGAGGCUGAACAAAGUUUGCCUGUAGCUCAAGGUGCUUCUGGUGCAUUACCUCGUUCUUUGGUGGUCAAUGCUGUUCCCAAACCAUAUGUUGGAAGUGCUUCUGAGGCUAACCCUGCAAAUUUGAGAUUUGGAAAGUCCUUCACAACAACUCUCUCUCGUAUUCAGGAAAAUAUCCCCAUACCAGAAUAUGGUUCAUCGUCAUCCCUCACAAGUCAAGGUCAGACAAGUAGUAAACAGGGAGAUACUUCCCAGGGUGUCACCCCUGGAGGUACUCCAAGUGGUAGUCAAACUUCUCUAAAUUCUGCAAGUCUCCGAUCCAUACCUUUAGCAUGGGUAGGCGAUAAUGAGCGUAUAAAGCAGCUUCAGAUUGUAUCCCGAAGAGCUAAGCAGUUUGAAAGUAGUCAGUUGGAGAAAGAAGCAUCUGCUAAGUCUGCAUUCCACCGCUUUGAGCUUUCUCGCCUGUCUCAACGCUCAAAGAUACCCAAUGUAGCUCAAAGGAAACAAGAAUUUGAGACCAAAGACCAAUUACCACCUGGUUUUGACUUUGAAUUUGGCACACACUUCAAUAACACACCAAGGCAGCGUAAGAGUGCAGAAUUAAUGAAAGGUGACCUGGUCUGUCAUGAGAUGUCUCCUUCACCUCCUAAGGUGUUUAGAUCUCUCUCUGAUGGAGGUAAUGUGUUCCCUGUCAAUAGGAGGCUCUACUCACCAACAGCAGAAGAGGGUGUUAAAACUGCGACAGUGUCAGAAGCUGGUGUUGUGAGACGGGUUGCUAUAAAUCGCACCAUACCUGUUGGUGGUCCUCACAUACACUGUGAACCACCACCUCUUUAUGGUUCCUCUCACAGGCCUCAAAGUGAUCCAGAUGUUUUGGAGAGGGAACGAUCCAAUUCAGUUUGCUCACAGGUUUCUAUGACGAGUCUCUUGUCGACACAGUCCAUGGACGAAACGGGCAGUAGUCGACAAAAGGCAGUAGCUCGUCAGAAUUCUUAUCUCAGUGCUCUGCGGUCGCCACUUCAUGACGGAGAGCUAGCGAAGAAACCCGGUGAUCCUAAACCGCCAUCAUCAUCACCCAUCACCGAGACCAGCACCCCCUCAUUCCCCCAACCUGCGACCACCACCACACCCACGGGUGGCCACGCCCUCCGCCCAAAACGCCCAACCUUCUUGCCAAUCAAGAACCAUGCUCGUCCCGCUCUCUCGUCCAAUGACAAGCAGUCCCCGAGCCGUGUUGGCAAGGGAUUGGAGGAGAGAACGCAUGAGUCCCUCUCUCUUUAUGCGAGCACCAAUCAGAAAGCACAUCCUUCCUCGGCACUCAACAGCCUGCCCAAUAGCAUGUACCAGUUUCCAGCAGUGGCGGCCUCAUCGUCGCAGGCACAUACCCCGGGCGCGGGCGGGGGCACAGGCGUGCCUGGGGGUGCAUUGGUGACCUCGGCAUCAACGCCCACCGCGGCCACCACCAGCGCCCCCACCACCACCACGACCGCCUCCGCCUCCGCUCCCGAAGCCUCGUCCGCCACGACGGUCGCCCGCAGGAACAAGGCUGUGUAUGAAGACGAGGGCGAGCGACUGGUGCGGCGAGUGUCGUACCUGAAGGCCACCUCGGGGGACCGCAUGUACUCCGACUCCGAACUCGACUCCGACACCGACGACAAGUCUGGUUCUCGGAGCGAGGGACUCGAGGGCGUGGUGGCAGACGGGGGCGUGGUGUCGAGAGUGGGCACCCCCGUGACCCCAGGAGGGCCCUUGUGUGUGGGGGACCUGCCCUCCCCUGCUUCCCUCCAGUCCGCCAUCCUCAGGCAAGGGUCGCUGCACGUGAAGCUCACAAUGGUCGACGGCAAGAGAGCGGGCGACAGGUCUUGGAAAACAGUGUGGGCGGUAGUACAAGGACACGCCCUCAUCUUCUACAAGGACCGCCAGCAUGCCCUGCAGACGCCCUUGGGUGUAGAGGACCAGAUCUCCCUGCGUGGCGCCGAAGUAGAAGUAGCGAGCGACUACACCAAGAGGCGGAAUGUGCUGCGCCUGGCCACUCCGGGCGGGUCGCAGCUGCUGCUCCAGGCUGACACCCCGCCGGAGAUGCUGGCUUGGCUCUCUACUCUGCAGAAUAACUGUGCCAUACAGGAAGGAGAGGCAUGCAGCAAAACCCCCAUGAACAACAACAACGUAUCGCCGCAGACCAGCAACAAGGCAAUGCGGAAACUGACCUCGUCACUGCGAACGCGCUCGCCCACCGGGCAGUCGCCGUCGACCAAGACCCGAAAGCCUAGCAGCGUCGAGAGCAAUUCUUCGCCUAAGUCUAAAACUUGGAGAGGCAAUCUUGUAAGACCCUUCAUGAAGAAGAUCCAGGGUGGCUCCCCUGCUAUCACCCCCACCACCCCCCAACCAGAGGGUGCAACAAUAGGUGUAUGCUUAGAAGAUUGCCCACAAUCAGACGAAAAUGAAUUUGUUCCACUAUUGGUGGCCCUCUGUGUCAGUGUUGUGGAGACCAGAGGUUUACAAACUCAGGGCAUCUAUCGUAUCCCAGGAAAUAAAGCAGCAGUAACACAUUUAACUGAGAUGAUCAACAAGGGACCCAAAGCUAUUGAUUAUAGUGACCCAAGAUGGUCUGAUGUGAAUGUGAUCUCCAGUAUGCUAAAGCAGUUUUUCCAGAAGUUACCAGACCCGCUUUUUACCUGUGAUCUUUAUCCACUGUUCAUUGAAGCCAGUAAAAUAGAGGAUCCAAAUCAGAGGUUAAUGGAGCUCAGGAGAUUGGUACAAGAAUUACCCGACCAUCACUAUGAGACCCUAAGAUUCCUUAUGCUUCACUUAAGUCAUAUUGUUAGCAACAGUGAGUCUAACAAAAUGGAUGUCCGGAAUUUGGCCAUUGUAUUUGGACCAACGCUAGUUCGCUCAGGGGAUGAUAACAUGAUCACCAUGGUUACAGACAUGUCACAUCAAUGCAAAAUUGUUGAGACAUUGAUAGGCCAAGCUGCUUGGUUUUUUAAUGAAGAUGAUGGAGAAGAAGUAAUUCCACCAUCUCUAAGCCCAUCUGUUUUACAAAGUUCUGCAAGUGAUUCAUUAUCACCUACCAUGGAACCUGAAACGCCAUCUAGCCAAGCACUACUACUUCACAACAUUCAGAAAGUUGAAGGUGCAAAGGGAGACUUAAAGAAGGAUAUUGUUUCUUCCAUCAUUUCAGCAGCAAAUAGGAAAGUCCACAAAGUGAAAUACAAAAAGCCAGUUGAUGACAAGCCAGUAGAUGAUAUUAAAUAUAGUGAUAAGGAAGGAGGUUUUGAAGAAAGAGAUAUUGAUAAGGAAGCAGAAUUAAGAAAGCAAAGAUUAUUAGCUAAACAGAUUGAAAGUAUGGUUGAACUGCCAGAUCCAAAACCAAUGAGUGAACGUAAGAUCUCAAAUAUGAGCUUAAUGAGUGUUCAUGGUCAUCCUUCUAGUAUGUCUAGUUUAACACAGAGUAGCGAAAGGACUAGUGCCAGUGAACAGGGAAAGCACAGUUUACCUGAACAGGAUGGCCGUCUGUUUUGUGUUAUCAAGAAAGAUGCGUUAUCUUCUAGCACACCACCACCCCCUGGUAGUAGUUCUGUCAUAGCUCCCUCCUGUCAACAAUCUAGUCAGCUGACAACGCCAGAGACAUCCUCCCUCUUUGGAGAUGAAGUAGCUAUUCGUUCUUAUGCUGGCCUCAGUGCUAGCACUCAGGAACGAAUCAGGCGAUUUGAAAUGGAGACACGAGCCAUGCUUCACCGUGACCUGACUAAACACAGAAGAGAAACUGAAAGGAGAGAUGUGGAGAGGAGAAGACUAGAGGAACUCUGGCAGCGAGCUAAGCAGGACAUGGAAUCAGAAGAUAUCCUUGACCAAUUAGCUGACAACCCAACAGAGGUUGUGCGCAAGAUUUCUGACUACUCAUGGCGGCUUCAAGGGCUCAGUGAGAGUAUGGGUGGGGACCAAGGAUCACUAACUUCCCAGAGUUCCAGCACAAGUUCCCAGACUGGUCUCAUCUCAGCAGCCCUCUCUCACCAUCCCCUCUCUAACACUUCACUCACACCCACCACUAAUGCUACCACCCAGGUACCUAACAAUGACUUUCCACAACUUCCUACUAUUCAGGUUGAUAGCGAGCCUGUUUCAGGACUAGUAUGUGAAAGAACUAAUGAUGCUAAGCAUGGCCUAACACCACAGCAGUCACACCGUUGGCUUGAAUAUAAUGCAGCUUCGCCUCAUAGUACUUUAGGUUCUACUUCUUCCUCUAGUAGCUCAGGGUAUGGUAGUCUAACUCGUUCGUCUCUGCAACAUGAUGCUGAUUUCUUGACUGAAAAGCCAGUUGAAGAUUCCUACCAGAAUGAACAUUAUAAAAUUGGGAAGAAACCUUCCAGUACAACACAACAGUUGUCACCUUCAGUUCCAAAGAAAAAGAAAUCAAGUAAAGGUUCUGGUUUCCUGUUUGGCUUGACCUCAUCUUCUUCUUCUCCUUCCCUGUUUCCUUCAAUGGCUGAAGCUGGUACAGAACUAACCCCGACACGUAAAAUUGGGCAAACAAUAAUUUAUCCAGAAAGCCCUCGGCCACCACCUCACAAUAGUCGCCCUUCCUCACAGAAUCAAUCUUCUCACAUAACAGCACCCAGCUCUACACUAACUCCUCAGCCGAGCACCCCGAUCCUUGGGCGUCAAAAAGACUCACUGUUACACCACAUCCUACCUAGUCGUCUAUACCAUUCUCCCCGACCCCUUCGCCGAGGAUCCUCUGCUGAGAAUGUGACUCAGCCGCACGCCAAUACUCUCUCCCCUUCCACCUUUAACACCCAGAAGGUGGUUAAUAAUGGCACUUUGAAGAGAGCUAGAGCCAGCAGGGAUCAGGUUAUAAAUGGUCCUGAAAUGGGAAUGCCACGGUGUGGUUCCUUAGACUCAUUACGUGAUGGUUCACAUAUACCCCAUGAUGAUGGUAGUGAUUUGCUGAGCGCCAUCACUGCCACGUUUGAGGAGAAGAUGAGAAGUCUUCAGGAGUCUCCCUUGGGUUUGGUGACUCCCUUGUCUGAGGACGCCACCCCCAGCCCCUCCACCUCCCCUGAGGCAGGUCAGCCAAAUGACUGUACCACCAGAGGGAAAUCAGAGUGUCGUCUAUACCGCGAUCCUUCCCUGCACCGCCGCCGCACUAAUCCCCGUAAUCCCUCUGCCAACACUAGCACAAACUCCACUGCUGUCAACACCACUCCCACCACUACCAUAUCUCAGGUAGAGGAUGCCAGUCCGUCUGUUAAAUUAUCUGAGGGUAGUAAUAAACUAAAUGAAGAUGUGACUAGAGAAGUAAAAGUUAAAAGAUCAGACUCACUCACCAAAUCAGAGAAAACAGAAAAUAAUCUUAAAGAAAAGACAGAAAAGAGGGCCCGAGAGCUGAAGAGGACAGAUACUCAGGAAAGUCUGAAUGAAAAGAAACCAAAGGAAAUGAAAAGAUCAGAUGGCCAGGAUGGCUUAGGAAGGUCACGUGACUUGCCAAGGAAAUCAGAGUCCAGAGAAAAUUCCAUCGCUUCUGCAAGAAGAAGUUCUGAUGUCCGGAGUAGAAGGCAUAAUGUGAAAGAGCUGAAAGAAAAAUUUGAACAGAACACAGACAGCCAACCAAGUAGCAGUCCCAUGAAGCCAUCAAAUAGUAAUCAUUACAAUAAUAUCAGCAGCAGUAGCAAUAAAACUAGUAAGUCUAGCAUGCGGCGAUCAGGUUACCGUGGACACAUCAAAAGACGCCACACUGUAGGAGGCACGAAGGACUUAGCCAAGUGGGCAUGGUUACAUAGUGGGGAAAUGUCUAGAAGUAGUCCCCGUUCUACUCGUCUUUCAGCAUGGGAGCGAUUGCAACCACUUGUGGCAGAUGAGAGGUUGAACACUGACAGGUCCUUAGAGGCAUGGUUAGCCCGUGAACGUAUAAGGACAUCUUCACCUGACUUAUCUAGACCACAGCAAUUAGUUCUUCCAUGUGACAUGGAUGAUAAGGAAAACCUUCAUCGUCGCCUAAGUGUCCAGGAGGCUGUCCUGAAUCCACUGUAUCCUGUGCUGGAGAGUCAUGUGUAAAUGGUGUCUGGGACCUAAGUCCUUAUCAGUGUUUAGGUUACUCUUUUCAUCUGAUCCAAUACCUAUUAAUUGUGCUGAAAAUAUAUUUCCUCUAAUACAAACAGUUAGGAAUGUUUAAGUGUUGGAUUCUAAGAAGGGUAAUGAACAGUGCUGUGAUUUUUAUCUCUUUUAAGUCUUCUAAACGAGCAUAUCACUGUAUAUAGAAAUUUAUCAAACUUGUGAACUUGACCUGUACAGUUUAGAUGACUAAACUCAUCCUGUAUAUAAAGUUUAUAGAUACUAGUUAAUAAUUCAUUGCAUUUUCACCUGUAUAAUAUUCAAAUAUGAAUAUAUGGGAUAAAUACUAUAGAAUUUUAUAGCUUUGUAAAUAUCAUGCCAGUCUUGCUAAGCAAGAGAUUCAUGUUGCAUGGAUAUGAAAGCUACAUUUGUCUGCCAAUUUUCAUGUAUGCUGCAAACAUUUCAUCAAAAAUGUAUAGUAUAUCAGAGAUUAAAUAUCAUUUUAUAAUUAAAUACUAUUAAAAUGGUUGCAUGUUGACUGAAAGAUGUAGGUAUUCAAAUAUAAAAUGUCCAGUACAAUAUUAAUAAUUGGCAUAAAGUAAUACCUCAUAAUUGAAGUUCAAUCAUGUAAUUUCAUAUCCUUCAUUAUUCUGCAGAUAGUAAGAUGUUGACAGAUGCAUUAUCCUAAGAAGUCAUUGUAUUAUAUUGUUACAGUGGCUUACUGUUGAAGCCUUAUAACCUUUAUUUCUGCUGAAUAAAUAAUGCUCUGUUUUUUCA